CACAGAUUCGCUCACGAGGAGCUCUAUACCAAGCAGUCACCGAAUGGGUUUCACAGGUAGGCCAGGCAAGGUUACAUAAUACAUGAGCUACUCCAGAGAGGACACAAAAUCCUCAAUUCUCAUUCCUUUUCCCGAUCCCCAAGGGUUUCACCUCCCCGACAGCGGUGAGGUCUUUAACGCCCUAACCACCACUUCAACUUUACAGGUUAUGAAGGUCCGGGCACCAGACCGGCCGGUGCGGUCAUUCAUUCUGCGACCUAUGCACCUUCUACCAGACAAUGAGUGUUUAAAGGGGAACACUACGUCAACGCCCAAUGUCGUCGAAGCGGCCUGUAAGCUUGGUGUGAAGACAAUCAUCGUUAGCUCCGAGACGACAUAUGAGGUCUGCCUGAGGCAAGGUGAUCUUGAUGUGGCUCCUUUUCCCUGGAUGAAGACCACGACGUCACCCCCAUGGACGCGUACGCCAUUUCGAAGCUGUGUCGCGGGCGAAUUGCUCGAGGAUUUGCAAGAGGGUUUGCCCCAGUCGACAAGUACGUACAUCAACGAUCCUCUCUGUCAAAAGUGCAACGCUUGGUCCUAUAUCGACGCUCGCGACCUUGGUCUGCACUGAAAUUACUCUAAAGAAGGACGAAUGGGAGGCGCCACUAAAUAAUCGAAAGACUAAGCGGACUCCACAGGUAGGCAGAUUUCAAAUACAAUGCUUCUACGACCAAUGAC